AUGGAUCUACUCUGCCUGAUAGUUGGUCUUUAUCUUCUCUCUCUGUGCACAGCUCAGUGGUGUUACCAGAACCAGUACUCCUGUGAUGACACCUGCAGAGACCCGGGUCACUGGUCGGCCCAGUUUCCUCGCUGUGGAGGACUACGCCAGUCUCCCAUCAACAUCGUGAGCAGCAAAGUGCACAUGAACACGGCACUGCCUCCCCUGGAGUUCAUAGGUCACACAGACCGGAUCAACAUCACCGUGGAAAACAAAGGACACUCUGGUGAUGCGCCAUCCACCAUCUUGACUCACCAUUAUGGCUCUUCAUUCUUCUUCUUCUUCUGUUCCCUUGCAGCUCACUUUCACCUUCCUCAGUCCGUCAGACUGACUGGAGGAGCUCUGCCAGGUCACUACAGGGCCGCUCAGUUUCACUUCCACUGGGGGGCCAGCGGGACACCUGGAUCAGAACACACCAUCGAUGGAGAGAGGUUCCCUAUGGAGCUUCACAUCGUACACAUCAAGGAGCCCUACGGAUCUUUGACAGAGGCAGAACAUGACAUGUCGGGAAUUGCCCUGCUGGCCUUCCUGUUUGAGGAAACGAGCGAGGAUCAUCCUCACCUGGAUGCUGUCAUAGCAGCUUUGGGCCAAGUGCAGCAUAAUGGCACCACAGCAGUGAUAGCAAACUUUCAGCUCAGCGACAUUAUUCCCUCCUCCAAGGACCUGCACGCCUACUACCGCUACGUGGGCUCCAUGACCACGCCGGGAUGUGAGCAAGCCGUAGCCUGGACCGUCUUCCACCAGAGGCUGGCAGUCAGCAGUCGGCAGCUGGAUGCCAUCGUCCAGCAGUGUCGCUUCUGGACAGGACAGCCCAUGAUGGACAUCUUCAGGCCCACUCAGCCCCUUGAUGGACGGGUCGUGUACCGGUCCAACUUGGCUGCAACUCUGAAAGCAACCCGCUUGUGGUUUGAUGCUUUCUCUCUGGUGCUCACAACAUUGGUUCUGAUCCAGUAAUUAAGCACACCCCCGCCCCACAAAUUCAUAUUUGACUAUUUUCUCUAAUUCUUUAAUAUAUUUUAUUAGAUUAAAUUAUAGAAAUGUUAACAAUUUAGAUU